AUGGAAUAAUCAUUCUUGAACAAAUAAGUAAAAUCAGACAACUGGUUAUUUAGUGACAUUACACCAUUGAUUAACACUAUCAAUGGUAUGGAUGGACAAAUAUAAAAUAAUGAUUUAAAGAAAUUUGUUAUUAAAGAAUCAGAUUGUGAAUAGAUCCUUUAAGAAUUAAAAGAGUAAAUUUUUAUCAAGAUUAUUAGUAUUUUACAAUCAAAGCCAAAAUAUCUAUAUAGAAAGAUCUUUAGACACUUCUUCUUGUUUAGAACUUUCUAAUUACUUGGAAUAUAAACAGCCACAGAUAUGAUAAUGUUAGGAAAUUUACUAAUGUUAAAUUAUGCUACAGAUUCCUUAAUAAAUUUAAAUAGAGAAUUGUUGUAUCAACCCAUAUUAUCAAUUUGUGGUAUUAUUUCUCUCUCUCUUCUCAAGUAUUUAAAGGAUUUUAUAAUUAAGAACAUAUUUCAAUGCCAAAACAGAUUAGUUUGUGAAUCUAUUUGUACUUAGACUUAGAUUGAUAUCUGAAUAUUUGAUCUAUGAUAAAGCUUUAAGAGUCUAAUGCAUUAGUAAUAAAGGUGAUAGUGAUAGUCAUUCAGCUAAUAUCAAUGUAAAUAGAAAUAUAUAUAUUUUUUAGACACUUUUAACAGCAGACUUGGAUUAAAUUAUGUUAAUUAACUUUACAAUCAGAGACACAUGGGAAGCAAUCCUUUUAAUAACAGGAUGUUUAAUAUUUUUAUAUCAUCUUGAUUCUCAUGCAGGUACAAUAGUUGUAAUUACAAUGCUUUGUGCUUAAGUUUUUAAUUUAAUUGUUACAGCUGUGAUGAUGAGAUCAGAAAAGAAAAUGUUAGAAUAUAAGGAUAUGAGAGUUGGGUUGUCAACAGAUGUUAUUGAAGGAAUGAAAUAAAUUAAAUAUUUAUCAUGGGAAGAGACCUUUAGUAAAAAGAUAAUGGGAUUUAGAAAUUGGGAAUUCUUUAUGCUUAGUUUAUUAAAAGGAUUUGAUGGAUUAUGUUCAAUAUUUUGGAAUAAUGUCAGUUAUGUAUUAUUAUGUACUUAUAUAAUUUCAUCGGUAAGUAAUGGUAAAUCACUCUCUGAUUUGAAUAUAUUCUCUUUAAUAGCUGUAUUUAAUACAAUGAUUUUUCCUUUAGGAAUUUUACCUUGGUGUAUAAAUUCUGGAUUAUUAGCAUAUGUUUCAUUUAAGAGAAUCUCAUAAUUUCUUAAAUAAUAAGAGAUUGAUCCUGAUGAUCGUUUCUAAUUACCAUAUGUUAAAGAGGGUGAUGUUGUAUUAAUUGAAGGUUUAUUAUGUGAAUGGCCAAUUGAGAAGAAUGAAUAAUAAAAAAGAGCUUAAAAAAAGAAUUAAAUUAGUGAUGAUGUAAUUGUAUUUAAUUAAAUUAAUGAAAAUUCUUAAUUCAUAUUAAGGAUUGAUGAAUUGAAGAUAGAGAGAAAUACUUUAAAUUUUAUAAUAGGAAAGAUUGGAUCAGGAAAGAGUGCUUUAUUUAAUGCAAUUUUAAAUGAAUUAUAAAAGUAUAAUUAAUAUGAAGGAAUGUACAACAGUAAUUCAAUUAGAUCUGAUUCAUUAAUUUCAGGAUAAAGAAUGUUGACUAUUAGUGAUUAAAUAAUAAUAAAAGGAAAUAUAGGUUAUUGUUCUUAAACAUCUUGGGUUUAGAAUAUGAGUAUUAGGGACAAUAUAUUAUUUGGAUUACCUUUUAAUUAGAAAUUAUAUAAUGAAGUAAUAGAUGUAUGUGAAAUAAGGAAAGAUAUUAUGACUUUUGAGAAAUAGGAUUUUCAUGAAAUAGGACCUGAUGGUAAGAAUUUAAGUGGAGGAUAAAAAUAAAGAAUUACAUUAGCCAGAGCAUUAUAUUAAAAUUGUGAUAUAUAUUUAUUUGAUGACAUAUUCUCAUCAUUAGACAUUCAUAUAGCAGAUCAAAUAUUUUAGAAAACUAUAUUAGAUUUUUUAAUAAAUAAUGGAAAAACAGUUUUAUUGAUUACUUCUCAUUAUAGAUAUUUAAAUUAAGUGCCUCCUAAUGUUAAAUCAAGAAUAAUAUAUUUAGAAAAUGGAUAAAUAAUUAAUGAUAAGAAUAUCAUAAAUGAAUAUUUGGAAAAAGAAUAAGAACCAGAAGAAGAUAAACCAAAUAUUGAAGAGGAAUUAGAGUAAAUGAUACCAGAAUUGAUUAAAUAGAAAAGUUCUAAGAAAAGUGAGAAAGAAUAAUUUUAGCAUAAAGUUGAAGAUGAUGAUACUGAAAAUUAGGAAUAAAGAGAAUAAGGAAAAAUUAAUAUGAAUACUUGGAUAACAUACUUUAGUAGUAUGAGUUGGUUUCUUUGA